AUGAAUUAUCUUCUUGGAGCCUUCAAGCCCGCGUGCAAUAUUUCAAUCUCUUUUUCUGAUGGCAAAAAUCGUAAACAGGUACCCAUGAAGAAAGAAAAUGGUCAAACAGCUUUGGUGCCACUUUUCCAGAGUCAAGAAACUCUUUCCGGGAAGGUUUGCAUUGAACCAUAUCAAGGGAAAAAAGUGGAGCAUAAUGGUGUCAAAGUUGAGCUUCUUGGUCAAAUAGAAAUGUACUUUGACAGAGGAAACUUCUAUGACUUCACUUCCUUGGUUCGUGAACUGGAUGUCCCUGGAGAUAUAUACGAGAAAAAGACAUACCCUUUUGAAUUUCCAACUGUCGAGAUGCCAUAUGAUACGUACAAUGGUGUCAAUGUGCGGCUAAGAUAUGUUCUCAAAGUAACCGUCACUCGUGGCUACGGAAGCAUCGUGGAAUACCAGGAAUUUAUGGUUCGGAACUAUGCGCCACCUCCUCCAAUCAAUAACAGCAUCAAGAUGGAAGUUGGGAUUGAAGAUUGCCUGCACAUCGAGUUUGAGUACAAUAAAAGCAAGUAUCACCUAAAAGAUGUUAUCCUUGGCAAAAUAUAUUUUCUGCUUGUGAGGAUCAAGAUGAAGAAUAUGGAUCUUGAGAUUAGGAGGAGGGAAUCAACAGGUGCUGGUGCUAAUACUCAUGUGGAGACAGAAACACUUGCGAAAUUUGAGUUGAUGGAUGGAACUCCCGUUAGAGGUGAGUCGAUACCUGUAAGACUGUUUCUUGCCCCGUACGAUCUUACACCAACGCAUCGCAACAUCAACAACAAGUUCAGCGUCAAGUAUUAUCUGAAUCUUGUACUGGUGGAUGAAGAGGAUCGCAGAUACUUCAAGCAGCAAGAGAUUACUUUAUACAGGUUGAAGGAAGACACAUCAUCUUGA